AGUCGACCUUGUGGGACCACUUAACAAGCCGGAUAAGCGGGGCGAGGUUCGUGGGUCCACGAUACCGAAAACCGGCGAAGUCGAAAUAAGAUUGUGUAGUGCGCACCGAACCCGAUAGUUCUCUCUUUCUCCCAACUCCCAUGCCAAAACCCUAACCGGAACAAACCCUAAAAAUCCACCCAAAACCCUAAUUAUGCCCUCUCUGUAGCUUCUUCAACCUCUAUCUUUUGUUAUUUUGCGGCUAAGAGGGCUCUAUGCAAUGGAGAGGUUCAUGUUCUCUACGCCCAUGAUCAUUUCUCCGGUUGAUGUGGAACCUCAAAUUGGUGAUGUAGAUGAAUUGAUAGAAACUUCCGUUAAUAGAGAAUUAUUUGAGCCAAUUGUAGAACCAUAUGAAGGUAUGGAGUUUGAUUCUGAGGAAGCUGCGAAGGAAUUCUAUAAUGCAUACGCUACUCAGAUGGGUUUUAAAGCACGCAUCAGUUCAUUCAUCCGUUCAAAGCGCGACAAAACAAUAAUUUCGAGGCAACUCGUAUGCUCAAGAGAAGGAUUUCGUUCUACAAAAGACGCAAGUAUUGAAGGAAGAACUAAACGACCUAGAAUGAUCACCAGGGUGGGCUGCAGGGCUAUGAUAAUGGUAAAGAAACAAAGUUCAGGGAAGUGGAUUAUUACAAAAUGUGAAAAGAUUCAUAAUCAUGUUCUUGGGACACAAGGAAAAGUAGAGAUGCUGGGCUAUGAUCCUUAUUCAUGCGAAGAGGAAAGAAAUGGAAAAGAUAAGCUUGGUGGAGCGGUAGGUAACGCACAAGAAAUGCUAAGUGUUCUUCCUGAAGGGGAACCUGGCCUAGAACCACAUGAGGGAAUGGAGUUCGAGUCAGAACAAGAAGCGCAAUUAUUCUAUAAAGAAUAUGCUAGGCGCGUGGGAUUUAGGGCACGUGUGAGCUCGUACUAUCGGUCAAAGCGGGAUAACUCAAUCAUCUCUCGAUUGAUUGUAUGUUCAAAAGAAGGAUUCCGUGCAAAGAAAGAUGAAAAUGGUGAAGAGCUUCAAAGGCCGAGAGCCAUUACUAGGGUUGGGUGUAAGGCGAUGAUUAUGGUGAAAAAACGAGAUUCUGGGAAAUGGGUUGUUUCAAAGCUUGUCAAACACCAUAAUCAUCAGCUAAAGCUGCCAGCAUCAUCUGAUGAUGAUCAUUCUAAUGCCGAGGAUGAUGACAUGAUUGGGAUAGAGAAGGUCUUAGGUGCUCAAGAUGGUACUGGAUUUAUUGAGCCCUAUGAGGGUUUGGAGUUUGAAUCCGAGGAGGCUUCAAAGAUUUUUUAUUUUGCAUACUCCAGACGAGUAGGGUUUAACAUGCGUGUAAGUACGUACUACCGAUCAAAGCGAGACAGGUCAAUCAUUUCUCGAUUAUUUGUGUGCUCUAAAGAGGGUUUCUAUACGAAGAAAGAUGCAGGUAGUGAAGGUAAGAUUAAAAGGCCUCGAGAAGCCACACGGGUUGGUUGUAAAGCAAUGCUUAUGGUAAAGAAGACUACUUCAGGAAAAUGGUUCGUUUCAAAGUUUGAGAAGGAUCAUAAUCAUCCACUAGGGUCGUUGAGAAAAGCACGGAAGUUGCAGAAGCACUUAUCUAAUGAUAGUAAAAGUGCUAGCCAGAUCGAACUCCACCAUAGCAGCCAAGAAUCGUUGACUUCUCGGUAUAACAAACUGUGUCAAGAAGCUAUGAAAUAUGCGGAGGCUGGUGCAGCUUCUCCGGAUGUCUAUAAUGUGGCAAUGUGUGCUUUAAAAGAGGCGGUUAAGAAAGUUACAGCUAUUAAAAAGAAUAAUGGAGCUUCUAAGCUUGGACUCGUUUCCAGUGGAGGUAAUGAGAACAUUCAACAGCUUGAAUAUUCUUUCCCAUUUAGUCAAAGAUCUAGAAAGAGAAAGACUUCUCCGAGUUCUCAAUCCCAGCUAAGUCGCAAGAAGCUUCCUAGGAAGUUGAGAAUUUGCAAUACAUGCAAGAAUGCAGCUGAGCAUACCAGCCGAAACUGUCCAAAAAAGCAGUUGAACAUUGUUUCAAGUGGAGCAGUCCAUGCAUUCUCCCAUGAGCCCAGUGAUGAGUUGAUUCAGCAGGAUAACUAACUGUCAAAACAGCAUGUAUAGAAGAUGGUAGAUGUAAAUGUGUUCUAGUCUGUAAAACAAUAUUUUUGAGAGAGAACAUGACAAUUAACUAGAGGUCUCUGUAUGUUUGCAAGCUGAGACUGAUUGUUCAGAACUUACAGGUGGUCAGUUUUAGAUUGAGAUCAGUUGUGUAGCGACAUAAAGGCUGUCGAGUUGUAGUAAUAUGAGAAGACAAUGGAACACUGAAGGCUAGGGUUAGGGUUUCUGGGGAUUGUAAAUGUUGCCAGAUAGAAGAUUGCAUGAUGUCGUAAUAUCAAAUGUGUACGCUGUCAUAUAUAGACACACACACACACACAUCGUCUUCACUCUGGGGUUCAUAUCUUGGAUCCAUGUAAGCAUUUGGGUCUCGGAUGGUUGCUAUGAACUAGAGAGCGACAGUGGGGGUGGUGUUCGAAAACGAGAACCCAUCAAAAAUGUAAAUAACCAUGUAUUCUGAAAGCUUGAGACUUUGGACUGGGAUGUAGGGUUUUUAAGAUGAAAUGGGUGGACAGUUUCAAAUUUAGAUGACAUGAUGUUUAGUAGGGUAUGAAUUGAACAUUUACAAAGUAGAAAUUGCUGUGUUCUUCAAAUCUUAAGCUCAUUGAGAAUAUUUAUACUGUAUAUUUUAUGAUAAUAAGUUUGUAUGGUUAAUCCUUAAA